AUGCCGGGACGGCCUGUCCCUUUUAGUGCAGGGAUGUCACCCCUGCCAGGUUCUGGACCUGUGUCAGCCCUAGAAAUUCUGAGCCGGCCGUACAGCCCCAGAGCCCUUCAGGAGGGUGCCCAGCCUGGGGAGAGCAUUCUGCGUGUCCGGAGUCAGCGGUGCUGCAGGAGGAGGAGCCCGUUCCUCCUUUCUGCGUGUGAUGGGCAGCGUCCCCGAGCAUCCGAGUUCUGGGGCUGGAAGGCUGCAGGCGUUGAGCUCAUCUGCGCUGGGGGUGGACAUCACCCUGGUUGUGACCUGAGAUGUGAACAGAAGUGUUGGGGUCCAGAUCUAGAAAGACGAGGCCAGCACAGACCAUGUCCUGGAAAAGACACAACGUGGCCUUUGGAAUAUCCGCCCCUCAUUAAGGAAGAGAGGGAGGCCCUGAGAUCAGGCGUCGCUGCAAGUCAGAAAUCUGGAUUUUUAGGUGCUGGGGAGAAAAUACUGCCGAUUCUCCUAGCUGAAGGUUUGUUCCUGUGCCCACACCAGUGUGUCCAGCACAAUCACAGGAAGCACUCCGCCAGGAGAAGGAGAAUCCGCGAGAGCUCCCGAGUUAUCCUCACAGUAGCUCGGGCUCUGAGACUGCCCCCUUCACUUCCAUCGACAAUGGGGAGCCCCGUGCAGACAGUGGGGUUAACUGGGGUCCCGGGCCACGUGUUCGUGCUGACUCCCAGGCACAGAUGCUCGUGCGGACCCUGCAGGGCUGGUGGUCAGGGGCUGUGGGUGCCCAGUCCAGGAUGCGCCAGGCUCCUGGGCCAGCCUGCCCUGCUCCUGUCCACCCUGCUCCUGUCCACCCUGCUCCUGUCCCACUGUCCUGUGUCCUCUUGACCUGAGCCUCGGCUUGUCCAGCUGGGGCCGUCCAGGUGGGAGUAACUGUCUAGACGAGAAAAUGAGAGAACCGGGUCCACAGGACAGGAGCAUGGGGCCAGUAUGGGGGCAUCACUGCCACAGCCCCCUUACCAGGGGCACUGGCUGUCUCUGGCUCUGCCUGUUUCUAGGAACCACCUGGACUGAUGCCAUCCACGGUCCCCUGUGAAAAUUCUUGCUGCAUCCUCUGGGCUCUGUGCCUUCACCUGGGGACAGGGCCCUCCCCUUGGCCUCCUUGAGUCCUCCCCCCUCCUAAUUUGUGACAAAAUGAGAAGAAACAAAAGGCAGUAAGAGGAGAGCGGGGUGGGCCGGGACAGAAUCGGGCCCUGAGCUGCACCGUCAUCGCUCGUCUCAGCUCUCAGUGACCUGAGGACCAGGACCCAGAC